AAGCGCGCGCGCUCGUAACGACUAGUCGUCACUCGUCACCAUCCUCCCCCUUUGCUUUCCACGACUCUCUUUCGCCGCAGUCUCUGCUUCCGUGCAUCCAUCGGCGUUCGGCGACUCGGUGUAUAGUAGUAUUGCCAACUGUGCGUAGCAAGCUCGAUACAGCGGCGAUCAUGGGGUUCCCUCUGGUGUGCUACUGCAUGGCGAUCCCCAAGCCGCUCAUCGCCUUGGCCAAGCUCCUCGCCGCCAUCAGGGAGGCCCUCCAGCUGAUGCUCUUCGUCGUCGGGAUCUGCCACCACCCGGAGCGAUCGGGCCGCCCGGCUGCCGUCGACGCCCCGCUGCCCGACGAGGUGAAGGACCGCCUCCCGCCCCUCGAGUUCGCCCAGCUGCUCGCGGCCUCGGAGCACGGCUGUCAUGGCUGCGACGACGACGAGGCGGUGGCGGGGUGCAUCGUGUGCCUGGAGAGGCUGGAGGCGGAUGACGUGGUGCGGCGGCUGGGCAACUGCGCGCACGCGUUCCACCGCGGCUGCAUCGACCGGUGGAUCGACCUCGGCCGGUUGACGUGCCCGCUGUGCCGCUCCACCCUGCUGCCGCGCGCGCGCCCCGCCGCCGGCCCGCGCGGGCGACUGGGCCGCCUCGCCACCCGCCUCACGGGCGUCGUUUGGUGAAUCAAUAUUUGGCCCGCGCGACCGCGACGCGACACGGGAUCGGUUGGGUGGGAGGGCAGUCGCGCCAUUUCACAGCCUAAGCUAGCUUACUGCUGCUGUUAAUCAACGGAGACAAAGCUCUCUUUCCCUUUCGUUUCCUUUUUCUUUUUCUGCCGAGGAUUAUCCAGCUGGAGGAGAGUGGUACGUGUCGGAAUGCGGUGGAAUAUAUCGAUGAUUAGACGGUAGGAACAAUUAAUUAGAAGCAGGCAAGCAGCUGGUUGGUUGGCCCGGCCUGGCACCUGGCAUGAUCAUUGGGAGGUUCAUGUAAUUACUGCGAUGAUUAGAUACUGCAUGUAAGUAAAUCAUGUCAUAGAGAUAAUACACCUGUGUACAGUGGUAUAAUGAUAAACGGUUCAUUUGGUA